AUGGCAGUUAUAACUUCUGAGUUCGAGAUUUCUUCUUCCAUCCCAGCUUCCAAAUUUUUCAAUGCCUAUCGUGACUUUAACAACAUUGCACCAAAGGUCGAUCCAGAAACAUACAAAACCCUAGUGGACAUCCAAGGUGAUGGAGGCGCUGGAACUAUCAGGGACAUCUCUUUUGGGGAUGGCGUCCCAUUUACAAGUGGAAAGUUGAAACUUGACGUCGUUGAUAGCAUCAACUUCAGUAUUAUAUACACAAUCUUUGAAGGAGACAUCUUGAUGGGACAACUAGAUUCGAUGACUCAUCAUGUGAAGUUUAUACCUUCACCUGAUGGAGGAUGUGUAUACAAGCCUACCAUUGUGUAUAAUUGUAAAGGUGAAACUCAGCUUCCGGAGGAAGCUCUCAAUAUGGUAAAAGAAGGAUUCAAAAAAACUUUCAAGGCCAUUGAGGGGUUUAUCCAUGCAAAUCCUCAAACUUAUUGAUCAAUACCAUAUAUAUGGUGUGUCAUGGUUCAGCAAAAAUAAAGCGGAUUUUAAUCCGGUUAUAUUUUAUAUAUGUACUCGGCUUGUUUGAUAUUUUAUUUUCUUGUAAUGUGAUUUUUGAAUAUAUCUAGAAUCCCUUGCAAACAUGUCCAUGUAAACAAUUUCUAGGAUGUGAUAUGCAUGUUAUGAGCAUUAAUUUUACCAUCAUGCAUGCAGAAAUGAUAGUCGCAAACCACAAAAGUCCAUUCAAUUUGCAUUCUAGUGAAUGAGAAUUUUUAUCGAGAUAACCACCAGUUUUGAAAUGGUUGCAAAUCUAUGAGACUGUAGAGAGGGAGAGAUCUACCUGAUGAUACCUUUUUGCCUAAGAAAAGAAAACUGAACAGAAAAGGAAGGAAGGAAGAAGAGAACAUGGCAAAACAGGGGAAGAAUGAAAAAAACGCUAGCUGUGAAAUACUUGCUGGAAAAUAUACUUUUAUUGCUGACUACUUGAUUAAAUAAACAUAAAACAAUACCCUUAUUUAUACUAUAACAGAUGGUAUCCUAAACUAACACAAAUAAUGCUUAAAAGGAAAGUUUCCAUAAAAAUUUCCAAAAUGCCCCUGAGGCCUAAUUCCUGAAUUACGCCAAAAGUUUCAAGU